AUGAAUUUUAUUUGUUUGUUUAUAAGCGUCUGGUUUUGUUUCAUCUGCUAAGAAGUCGCAAAAGUACAAUUUUCAGACGAACAAUACUUAUAUUUUUUGGAAAACGAAAGGCAUUAUAUUGAAGAAAAUAUGUUGGGCAUCCAUUUUGAGAACGAUGAAGAUUUAAAACAAAAAUUUUUUAAUUACUCCUCUUAAAAGUUAAUAGAAAAAUACUAGGAGUUUGAUUUAGGCUUGGAUGACAAUGCAAAGACAUUUAAAUUUUUUAGUCACUAAGGAAAGUACAUUGACAUCUGUUUCUUAUAACAUUCAUCAAUAGAUUGUAGAAUAAGAAUAAAUAAUACCUUAUACAAUGAAGGUUUAAUAGUAAAUUAAAUAAAUUCAAGCUACAUAUCUCUCCCAUCUAAUUCAUGUUAUAAUGCCUUCUAUAUUGAAGAUGAAGCUUUCCUUAUCAAUUGUCUGAAUCCCAAUAACUAAAUUGAGUAUAUUCUUUUAAACCAGUAAAGUGAAAUAUAGGAUUAAAUCACAGUUAAUUAACCUCUUAGUUGCAACUUAGAUUCUAAAUUUAAAUCCAAUAAAUUAUUAAUAAACUCUUUGAAUUGUUCAGUAUCUAUAUUUUUGAUUAUUGAAAUAGAUCAAUUAGAAGGGAGAUUGUAAUUCAAUAAGAAUUUCACAAAUGUGCAUGAAUAAGAAACCUUUCCAACCCAUAGUAUGUUGAUUGACAUUAAACUAUGCGAGUAGGAUUAGAUUAUUUUGAUUUUUAGCACUUUCAUAUGUACCUAUAAUUUAGAGAAUCAGAGUUUAAAUAUAAUAGAGAGUUCAUAUCAACCAUGGUUUCUAUAUAUUUAAGAUUCUUGCUUUCCUUAUAAAAUGAAUGGAUAACUGCAUUUAUCGAGCAGUGAAAUCUAAUUAUAUCCUUUUCUCAAUUCAAAGAUUAAUUUAGAAUCUUAAAUUAAAUGCAUUUACUAGGCUGAGAGAAACUUUAUUUUUUUGUACGAGGGUUGGGCAGAAGUUUCUUUUGAAACCAUUUUUGGAGAAAAAAUUCUAAACAUAAAACAAAUAUGUAAAUUAAAUACCUUGCCUUUCCUUAUGACACUGGAUUAAAACAAUAAGAUUUAAUUUUAUAGAGUUUUGUUCUUAACCAAGGGUAUCAAAUACUAAGGUUUACCUUUUUUUGGAUUAUCGUAUAAAACAUCAUUAAGACACUCAAGCAUUAAACUCUUCUCAUACUAUUCAAUUAACUAAUAUUCUAUAAUUUAUCCGAUGAAAAUUGAAUUGAUUGGAGAUUUAUAUAUUACAAACGACAAAAUAAGUAGGAAUACUUUAAUUAUUAAUUAUAUUAAGCUUUCUAAGUCAAUACCUCUCUAUUUAGAUUUAGAAUCUAAUUAGGAGGAUGUGUUUUAAGACUUUAGAAAUUACACAAUAUACACUCAUCACAAAGAUUUACCAAUCAAGAAGAUUUUGAAAAUUAUUUCGCUUGAAAUUAACUUUAUUGCUAUAAUUUACGAAGAUAAGUUUGGUAAAAUUUAUGUUCAUUUAAAAAACAAUGAAAUCGAAUAGAACAAAUUAAUAAUGAGUAAAAAUUCUGAUGUAUAAGUUGAAUUUAUAUACGAAAUUAUUGAUCAAAUUACUAUAUUUAUUAUAUGUAAGCAUUAAAUCAUGUAAUUUUAAAUUGUUGCUAAGAAUGAUAUAGUACUGUUAGAUACUUCUAGGUCUUAACUUGAUAUAUAAGAAUGUAAAGUUGAUCAAAAGAAACUUAUUUGUCUUCUUGAUGAUUAUACUGUCUAUGCUUAUCAAUAUUAAAAUUGGUAUAAGUACUUUUCAGAGACAACCAUGCAUUUACAAGAAUUUUUGAAGUAACAAUAGAACAAAUAUAAUGAUUUCAGAAUUCCAUUAUUAUACAUUGAUCAUAAAACUUGCACUAUUAAAAUCAUGCCAUUAAAACCUUAUUAGCAUUUUGUCCUAAUAAAAGCAAAUGGGUAAAUACUUCUUUCGCACAUAUUUGUACCAUAUCAAAGAAUAUUGUUAAUCUUACAAAAAGACAAUUUGAUAUCAUUGGAGCUCUAUUACUUCUGCACAAAUGAAAUUCUGCAUCUAUAUCAAAUGCCACUAUAUUAAUUUACCAUCAUUUUUCCAAUUGAAAUCAAAUUUUUAUACAAAUUAUUUAGCAUAAUAACUCAAAAGGACGAGAAAGAAUAUUUAUUUACAUAUGAUAUCACUUAAUAAGCAAAGUCUUGCUUAUAAUCAAUUACCAAAAUGUAUGAUUAUUACGAAAAUUUCAAUUUGAUUGAUGGCACAGGAAUUACAAGUUAAAUUCUGCCAGACCAAAUAAUUAUAAAUUAUCCAUAUUAUAGCAUCAAAUUAAAAUAAACAAAAAAGACUGAUUAUUCUACGAUAAACUUUGAUGUUCAAUUUCAGGCUAACUCCUUUAUAUAUUCUAUCCCAUCUAAUUUUAGUAUCCACUUGAAUCUAAUUAAUUCAGAGAAUUCACUUAGAUUUAAAAUUGAUGCUUAACAAUAGAUCUUGAAAGUUAAUAAUUAAUAUGAAAUAACAAAUUUGGAUUCUAUUUAUGGUAGUGUUAACAACUUACAUUUGGGCAGCAACUGUAAGGGAUUUCUAAGUAGUCCAAUCUAACUGAUAAAAAGGGUCGAACUAGAUCAUUGCAUAGACAUUUAUCAACAAUUUUGUCUGGUAUCUAAUUCUAUGAUAAUUGUCGAUUACAUUUCUUAAAAUUAAACCUUAAAAUUCCUAAAUGGAGUUGAAGCCUUAAAUAAAAUCAUAAAAUUUAGCGAUAACUUACUCAUUGUCUAUAAUAGUAUUGAUUAAUAAAUUCAUCUUUUUAGCGCUUCAGGAAAUAAAUUAAUUCAAAAAGAUAUCAAUAAUAAAUUUGAAUAUAUACAUUUGGAUUCAAAUCAUUUUAACCCCAAUGAAAUGGUAAUAAAUAUAGUAAAUAACUUUGUAACUUUAGAAACUGUUAAUUUUUAUUCUAUAUACUUGAUAAAUAGGGAAUCAGAAAAUCAUCAAAUGAAUUUAUUAUGUAACACUGAUUAUUAAGCAGUGUAAUAAACUGAACUUCUAUAUAAGGUUGACUCUUCAUUCAUUUUCCUAAUCUUAACUUUAGACUCUUUGCUUAAGUUUGAAUACUGCCCUAGGUCAGAAAAUGAAAAUGCAGAAUAAAAAAAAUUUGGAUUUAAUCAUCAAAUAGUGUCUUUUUAUAUUUUGAAUUCCACUUAUGAAAACUAACAGAUUCAUUUGAUACUUAUACUCUUUAACCCAAAAGAUAUAGCGUACACUUUCGAAUUUAGUUUUGAUUUAAAGGAGUCUAAAAUUAUCAAAUCCUUAAUGAGAUCAUAAAUUAUCAGAUAUCUAAAUGUUAAUUACCAAAAUUUCAUAAAAAUAAAUGAUACUAAUUUCAUUUUGAAAGGAAAAUAAGAAAAUUCAAUUUUAUCUGCUUAUUUCUAUAAAAUCAAUAUCAGUUCACCAAUUUAAAUUAUUGAUUAUUAUUAUAAAGAUGAAGAAUUUUCAGAUAUCGAUUACUAUAAUGAAACACAUUUCGUUUUAAUCAAAAAUAAUGAAAAUAGUAAAACUGCAUAACUUAUUUAAAUUCAUAAUUAUCAAGUACAUUUGGAAAACAAUUGUGAAUUGGUUUUACAUAAUGAUGUAUCCAGCCUUAUAUCUCCAGUAUUUCUGACUCAUAUAAUCUAAAAUGAAUCUCAAACAACCAUUUAUUUAUUGAUGGGGAAUUUCCUACUAAUUUUGCUUAUCUGUAAUAAAUAUUAGAAUAUUAUCAAAAACAGAAGAAUAUGA